CUAAAAUCUUCAAUAAAAAAAAUAAGUACUUGCCGAGGAGCAAUCUAUAUAAAUCCAAUGAUGCUUUACAAUAGAGUUAGUCAUCUUUGGGUUGCUGGUAAGAUACGAAUCUAAGGUGGUCCUGAUACUAAUUAUAAUAAGUGCCAAAUUUAAUUUUUUUGUUAUAAUAGUUCAAGUUUUUUUUUAAAUUAAAAUGAAGUUCAUUUACUGUGGAUUGAUAUUGUUUUUGGUAGCGACAUAUGGAGACUGUUUGAGGGACUAUCAGGACCCUUGGAAGGGCCUGCCGAUGUUGUGCGCCAAAGAGGACCCAAGAAAUGUAUCACUUUCUUGCCACGGAGUGAGAAUUGUGAAAAGAGUUAUCCAAGAGUUGUUGGAACGUGCUGCCUCUACGAAGCGCAUUCAAAUCACCGAUGGUAUCAGCAUUGUUGGUAACAGCGCUGAUGAUGUGCAUUCGAUGGAUAGAAGAGGAAGGACCCUUAAAAGUACGGUCUUAGGGCUGUUUGAGGGAAAAGAGUUGAGGAUUAAGUUGAGCAGUUUGAUGCCCUUUGAUUUGGAGAGCUUGACUAGUGAUGAUCAAGGUCGUAGAAGAAAUGAUUAUGGAUUAGGGGGUGGUAAAAAAGGCAACAACAAUAUUUUCAUAUUGGCAUUACUAAUGGGAAAAAUGCUUGGAAUAAUCGGAUUCGGAACCUUGGGAUUCCUGACAAUGAAAGCACUAAUGGCAUCUUCACUAGCACUAAUGCUCUCAAUCGUCUUAGCAGCAAAGAAGUUUUCCGCCAGCAGCCAACCAAGUGAAAAUCACAUCGUUUAUGCUGCCCCCGCUCCGGUAGAACCUCACCGUCGUAAAAGACAAAUUGAAGACAUUAAUUUGUCACCCUAUCGCGGGUGGCUUCAGACUUAUAAUAAUAGAAAGUCUCUCUAGCAUUAAUAAAUAACAAUUUUUAUAAUUUAGAAUUUACCACAAAUGUUCAAUUAUUUAUUUAUAUUUAUUUAUUUACUUAAGAUUGUACUGAUAAUAAAUCUGCAAUAAAACGACAGUAUUUAUAA